AUGUUCAUUAUCUCGCACAAUUUCAAAGCUGCUUCACUUCAUCUCUCUUUCUCAAAUUUCAUCCCAAAACUUUCACUUCUAAAUUCCACUCAGUCCCUUAAUUUUUCAAAGCCUCUUCAGAUAAAAUGUGCCAAGAGGACCAAAAGGACAGGAAAGUUGAGGUACCCAUCUGAGAAAAAGAAGCUAAAACAGCAACAGAACAACGAAAUUGACGUGAAAAACAAAUUUGAAGGGGUUUGGAGGCUCUUUAAGCUUAGAAUCUCAGCCCAUGAAGACCCUGGAAAAGACUUUUGGGGUGUUUCUGAGCCUCUGCUUCGAGAAAUUUCCAAAGUUCUUGAAUUCCCGGUUGCUUCAAUGUUGCCACCAGAGGCAUUCAAGGUAGUCAGAAAAUCGUUUGAUGCAAGGAAGUUGCAGAAAGAACCAAAAUUUGUGUAUACAGUGGAUAUGGAUGUUGAUAAACUCCUAAACUUAGAGCCUCGUACUUGGGAGUUUAUUUCAGAAUUGGAACAAAAAGUUGGAGUCAUAGAGAGUAUGCCUCAUGGAAGAUUUUCUAGUGAUUUGAUUAGUAUAAUCCGCAAUUGCACAAAGCGAAAUGAGACUGCAGCUUCUACUGAGGUUUUUGGCAGAAAUGAUUUCAGUGAAUCCUACAAAUUUCCUAAUAACAGAAAGCCAAAAGUGGCAGUUGUUGGAAGUGGGCCCUCAGGCUUGUUUGCUUCUCUAGUGCUUGCUGAAUUUGGCGGAGAUGUUACAUUAAUAGAAAGAGGGCAGGCAGUUGAACAAAGGGGGCGUGACAUUGGAGCAUUGGUAGUUCGGCGUAUGUUACAGUUGGAAAGCAAUUUCUGCUUUGGAGAGGGUGGUGCAGGUACUUGGAGUGAUGGGAAACUUGUGACUAGAAUUGGAAAAAAUAACAGUAGUGUGAUGGCUGUUUUGGAGACACUGGUUCACUUUGGAGCUCCAAGCAGUAUAUUAGUUGAUGGGAAACCUCAUCUGGGGACUGACAGAUUGAUUCCACUACUCCGCAACUUUCGGCGACAUUUGCAAGAAUUGGGCGUCACCAUCAGAUUUGGGACAAGGGUAGAUGAUCUGAUAGUAGAAGGCGAGCGUGUUGUGGGAGUCAAGGUUUCUGAUUCAGGUUGUAGCUCAGAGUCUAGCAGCCAGAAGUUGGGAUAUGAUGCCGUCUUUCUUGCAGUUGGACAUUCUGCACGUGACACAUAUCAAAUGCUUCUUUCUCAUAACGUGGACGUGGUUCAAAAAGAUUUUUCCGUUGGUCUAAGGGUAGAGCAUCCACAAGAAUUAAUAAACAGCAUACAGUAUUCUGGAUUGGCCAAGGAGGUUCAGAGUGGACGUGGAAAAAUACCAGUGGCUGAUUACAAGGUUGCUGAGUAUGUUGAUGGGAAAGAUGUGGGUACACCUUUGAAUUCAGAGUCAAUUGGUCGUAGUUGUUACUCGUUCUGCAUGUGUCCUGGUGGACAGGUGGUUCUUACCAGUACAAACCCAUCAGAGCUUUGUAUCAAUGGCAUGUCAUUUUCUCGGCGUUCAUCACGAUGGGCAAAUGCUGCAAUUGUUGUUACUGUCUCGUCAAAGGAUUUUGAGGCUUUAAAUUUCCAUGGGCCUCUUGCAGGUCUUGAAUUUCAGAGAGCAUAUGAACGAAGAGCGGCAACAUUGGGAGGUGGCAAUUUUGUCGUACCUGUGCAAACAGUAACUGAUUUUUUGGACAGCAAAAUGUCAGAAACAACAAUACCUGCAUCAAGCUACCGCUUGGGUGUCAAGGCUGCAAAUCUCCACGAUUUAUUUCCUGCUCAUAUUACGGAGGCACUGCAACAUUCAGUUCUAAUGUUCGACAAAGAGUUACCCGGAUUUGUCUCCAAGAAUGGCCUUCUUCACGGCGUAGAGACGAGAACGAGUUCUCCUGUUCAGAUCACUCGAAGGAGUGAUACGUGGGAGAGCACAUCUUUAAAGGGGCUCUACCCUGUCGGAGAAGGAGCAGGAUAUGCUGGUGGAAUCACAAGCGCAGCUGUCGAUGGCAUGUAUGCGGGUUUCGCCUUAGCGCAAAAUCUAGGUCUGUACAACGGCAGCAUGGAUUCGAUUUUAGGCAAGGCACAAACUGCUGGAUUCUUCAAAUAUUGA